AUGGACUUUAUCAAACAGGGAUUGGCUGAAAAGCAGCUUCUUAUCACUUAUGUGGUGACUGCUCUACUUGUGAGCUGGGCCACCUAUUUUGUGGGACUCGGGUUCUAUAGGGUGUUCCUGUCGCCCUUGGCUGCAUUUCCGGGCCCCAAACUUGCCGCACUUACAACCUGGUACCAAGCUUAUUACGAUAUCUGGCUUCAUGGGCAGUAUUUCAGGAGGCUGGAUAGAAUUCACGAGGAAUAUGGCCCUAUUGUGCGCAUAAAUCCCCACGAGCUUCACGUAAACGACCCGUUCUUCAUCGAAGAAUUGUAUUCGGGUAGCGCGAAGAAACGUGACAAGUACAAAUGGGUAGGACGUGCGACCUUGCGUCUGUAUCCCCGGCCCGCGCAUUUUAUCAUAGCAAAGCUGAUACCUACAGUUCCCGACUCACUGGUCGCCACCGUUCCGCAUGAUCAUCAUCGUAAACGACGUGCUGCAAUAAACCCUUAUUUCUCUAAAGCUAGCAUCAGGAAGCUUGACCCUGUCAUUCAAAACACUCUGGUGGCGCUUCUAAAACGAAUGGAUCAAUCUGCUAAAUCUCCAGACGUCUUCCACGCCAGUUUGGCCUACAAAGCCGUCACUUGUGAUAUUAUAACCGAAUUCUCUUUUGGAGUCUCGACAGACUAUAUGGCCAGGAAUGACUACGAGCAUUCUUUCUUCAAGGCAGUUGAUGAUCAUCUCCACAUGUCUUGGAUGAUGGCCUAUAUUGCUUGGUUAGGUCCAGCGAUGAAUUCGCUACCGCCAUCAAUUAUGGGUCUCAUCUACCCUGGACUCAAACACCUCUGGAACAUGCAUUCACAAUGGGUCAAACAGAUAGAGAAAAUCCGUACUCAGGACAAACUGAACGGCAACGGGACAGUAUUCCAUGGCUUGCUUAACAGCGAUCUUCCCCCCUCUGAGAAAACGGACCAGCGACUUCGUCAAGAAGCGCAGCUCCUGGUCCUUGCGGGACAAGACACAACAGCGUAUACGCUCUCCUCUCUCACCUACGAGCUGCUGGCAAAUCAUGAGAUACUGCAGAAGCUGAAGGAAGAGCUGGAAGGAGCCCUUCCAGACCUCAAUACGCCCUUCACCUCUGCCCAGCUCGAACAAUUACCCUAUUUGACGGGCAUCAUCCAGGAGGGCAUCCGUCUGCAUCCGGGAGCUAUAAUUCGCCAGACGCGAAUAGCCCCGGAACAAAACAUGAUUUACCGAGAUGCCUGCACGGAAAAGGAAUGGGUCAUCCCGGCUGGUGUUCCCGUGAGCAUGGACGCUAGAAGCUGCAAUCUGAACCCAAAGGUCUUUGUGGACCCGCACAAGUUCAUUCCUGAACGAUGGCUUGAAAACCCACGACUGGACAAGUAUAUGCUCACUUUCUCCAGAGGCACGAGAAUGUGCCUGGGCAUGAAUCUGGCAUAUUCAGAGCUCUACAUAAUCAUAGCAGAGAUAUUCAGGCGAUACGAACUCUACGAUGGUACUGACCAGCAGACUGCGCCCACGCUCGCCCUUUACGACACGAUUCGCGAGCGCGAUGUAGAUAUAAUGUCGGAUUGGAAUAUACCUUUUCCCACGAAGGGUAGCAAGGGCAUUCAGGUUAAGGUAGGACGGAGUUGGGUUGACUAA